GUCGUUUCGCAGUUUCUCUCUCUCUCUCUCUCUCUCUCUCUCUCUCUCUCUCUCUCUCUCUCUCUCUAAGCUAGACGCUUGAGCAGCGCAGUCAUUAUCGCGCGUGCGAGGUUAGCAGUUCGCAGUCGCGUCACAGCGCCGGUGUAGACGCGUCGUUCGCGGAUAGAUCAUUCCGACGGAGAGAGAGAGAGAGAGAGAGAGAGAAAGACGUCAACGAAAGUGUGUGAUUUCAUUAAAUUCAACAUAAUUCUAUAUAUUUUUUACUUCUCUAUUUUCAAUUAUAUUUUCUUACUAUCAUUAGACAUAAAUAAAUAAAUAAAUAAAAAAAAAAGAAAAAUCACAUGGAGUUAAAAAAGCAAGCAGAUUGAAUAUUAACAAUCAAACGUGUAUUAUUAUUAUUAUUAUUAUUAUAUUUUUUAAAUCAAUAAUAUCGAAAACAUUUAUAGAGAAUGAGUUAGUCAGUUUUUAUUUUAUUCGUGUACUCGUUAGAAAAUCUUUUCUUAUUUAUUCGUCAAAUGUAAAACAUGUCUCUUUUACUUAUAAUUUGAAAAAGAGAUGGACAGUGUAAAUCUGUGAUUGAUAAUAAUGAAAAAGAUAUGUAUAUCGUGAGUUACAUGAUUAGUAACUGGUAAACAACACAGUGUAUAUGAGAGAGCCUUUUGUUUAGUUAUUAUAUUUAUUGAGAUUGAGAGAGAGAGGGAAAGAGAGAAAGAGAGAUAGACAGAUUCACAUCUUAUAUUUUCUUAUUAGUAUCUCUCUCCCUCUCUCUCUCUCUCUCUCGUUUUCUUAUUCUUAGAGUAGUCGUCUUCUAGACGUCAAAGAAAACGCUCGGAACGUGCGUUAGACUCUUGCUUAUAAAUACAUACACUCGUUCGUUUCAAUAGCCGCUUGCGACGGCCACGUUUGACGUAAUAACACGAGAGAGUUCGCAGUAGCGAUCGAUCGAGGAGAGAGCGUGGAAUAAGAAAAACGAGCUGAGAAAAACGUAGUAACUACUACUACUUUGUCGUUUGCUUUGUUUAAUAAAAUCAUUAAAAAAUAUAAGGGGAAGAAGAAGAGUAAGAUUAAAAAAGAACAAAAUAGAAGGGGAAAAAAGAAGAAAAGAUAAUUGUUAAACAAUUUCAGAUAUUUCUGCUGUAUAAAGAAAAAAUAAAAUAAAAUAAAAAGAGAAAAAAAUAAAAUAAAAGAAUUAAUGGGCAGAUAUUACAACCGGAAGCAAAGAUUAUUUUCUAGAGAAGAAGAAAGGUCGUUCCUUUUGUGUGUGCGUGUGUGUGUGUGUGUGUGUGUUUGUUAUGUGUUUGUGAUCGCAUUAGUAAUAUACGUACAUACAUAUAUACGUACAUAUAAUAUAUCAAGGUGUAUAUAUAUAUUAAUAUUAAAAGAAAGGGGAGGGGGUAAGAAAGGAGAGCGCCUGCUCGUCACACUCUCGUCGAGUUCGCCAUUGUCGAGUUCAACGUCGUCGAGAGUUCGUCGUCCUUUCGAAGAAGGUCCAACUCGAGGAAGAUUUAUUACUAGAAGAAAAGAAGAAAGAAAGAAAAAAAGAAAGCAAUUUUUUGUCAUCGUUUACGUUAAUCUUUCUUCCAUUUUAUCCGCGUGCUUUUUUAUUGAUUGACUGACUGAUUGAUUGAUUAAUUGAUUGAUUGAUUGAUUGAUUGAUUGAUAAUUUUAAAGAGAGAAAUAAAAUUAAAAUAAUAAAAAGAAAAAAAUAAGAAAAAAAAAAAUAAAAAAUAAAAGAAGAAAAAGAAAGAUAAGCAAAAAAGCAAGUAAAAGCAAAUAAUAUGUCAACAAGAGGGAGCGACUCUUGCGAUAUAAUCGAUAUUUGUUGUCGAGCGCCGCGACGCCUUUUUUAAGCGAAACAUACACACAUACACAGAUAUUUUUCAUACGUAUUCCUAAGUCGAAUUUGUUUGUUUGACUAAUUUCUUCCUAAUAAUAUUCUUAUUUUUCUUUUCUUUUCAGGAUUUUUCUUAAUCUUUUUAAGAAGAAUAAGAAGAAAAAAUGAAGAGGAAGUAGUGAGUUUGAUUGUGAACAUUUGCAAGAUAUUCAAGACAUUUAAGUCGAUCUAUUUUCUAUCUUAUCGUAUUACUUGGUCCAUCAAUCUCUUUUACUUUCGGCUACUUCCCUAUCUCUUUUUGAUAUAUACCUGAUGUAAUAAAAAAGAGAGAAGGCAUUAUCAGUUAUCAAGAAGCGAAAUGUGUCGGGAUUGGUUUCAACGCGUUCGACAAAAAUUCUACUUCCGUCUUAAGAAUUUGGAGGAAAGCUAAAAGAAAAAAAGAAAGAAAGGAAGGAAGUGAAGGGAUAGAGAAUCGAAGAAGAAGAAGAAGAAGAAAAAGGAAGAAGAAAUGUUUGGCUUUCAGAGUCCAUUCACGAGAACAUCUCGCGGGAUAAAUUCCACGUCGGCUUUAAAUUCAAAAACAAAGAAAAAUAAAGAAUCGCCGAAGAGAAGAGCUUCGGAAGCAACCAGUGAAGGAUCUGGAUCAUCGUCGAUCAGAUACAUCGAUCAAGAGGCUUCGGUAUCGGAAGGUAGUAGUACCGAUACGUUACCAGGGAUUAGGAUCGAUUAUUUGGACGUUGAUCCUUUGUCGCCUGAACCAAGAGAUUCAUUGACCUCGCCUACCGAUGUAACCGUACAUUUAAAUGGUAUCGACGUUCUCAAGGAUAACUCUUCAGCUAAUUGCUCGUCACCGUCAUCUGGCAAUGGCAAUUUAACCGCCAAUAAUAUUACAAAUAAUACCGAAUUAUCAUCGUCAACAUCAAGGUCAACGUCCUCCUCGUCAUCCUUAUCACCGGGUGCUGUAGAAACGAGAAACGAUCCUUUAACGACUAGAUUUUCUUCAACGGACGAUGGAAAGACCGAAACCGAAGAAGAAGAUGGUGCCGCCGAAGGUGCUUCUUCCAGAGUAUCCCUUCUCUCUCCGAUAAACGUGACCAAUCGUUCUACGAGCGAUGAUUUACUUUCUAUUGAAAAUGGAUUCGAUGCUAGCGAAGAGGAGGAAGAGGAAGAUGACGAUUACGAGGAAGAGGAUAACGCUGAAACCGAAGAAGCUUCCUCGUUACCUUCCAGUCCCGCUGCUGCAUCGAAAGUUGUUUUAACAUCGUCGAGUACCGUUCCUUAUUACGAAUUUCUUUCUGUUAAUGGUUGUACAAUCAGACAAGAAACAACCAGUACAAGUUCGCCACAACUUUCAACCGGACUUUGUGUUCCGACGACGAGAUCGUCCAGUUGCGAAUCGGCUAGCAGCGAUAAUACCAGAGAUCCCUUCGACGAUAAUUCUUUAAGCGCUUGUUAUUCCAUGCUCGACGAUAAUUCUAUGGAGGUUGAUUCUAUAAUCAAUUCAUGUCCAGUUACUAUUAGUUUAACUCCACCCAAAGUACCUGCUGCUCGUUCUUGUAAUAUUUUAGAAAGACUUUUAGAAGACAUUUAUACCAUCGGUACUCCUGAACCUUUAGCCGGAUACGGUCCUAGAUUUAAACUUUUGGAAGAGGGAGACGUUCAAGUUUAUUAUUUCGAUCAUGACGAUCGUACACUCGUCAGGAAGAUCAUGUUCAUUAAAUUUUUACGACGUUGGGAAACUCAUCAUAUUUAUUUGAACGACGAUUGCUUAUCCUCGAAAACGGCUACUGGUUUCUUACAACAACCAAUUCCAUAUAGCAGUUUUUAUGUUGAAAAGUACGCCGUUGGUAGAUUGGGUACAACGUAUAAAAGUUGCUUAAGAAUAUAUUUAGGUAAUGGCUCAUUGUUAUUGCAAGCAAAUGAUUCUUAUACGAGGGACCAGUGGUAUCAUUCUAUAAAUUGGAAGAAAAGUCUCUUCCAAUUUAAACACAAAGCGUCAGUGAGCACAAAAAACGUUGUCCUACGUGAAUUACGUUUAAUGGUAGAAUUCGCAUUGUCUACGCCGCUUCAGGAUGAAAGAGUAGCUUGUGCAGCCAUGGAAGCUGUAGCAAAAUUAUUGGAGGCACCUUGGGGUUCUAAAUCAUUGAUAGAGCAAGAUGAUGAGGAAAAAGAGAAAAUAGAAGUGACAAAAGAAGAGGAAGGAAGUUGGGCUCUGUUCAUUUUGCCAGUUGCCGCGCCGCUCCUCGAAAAAGCUGCUCCACCUGCUGCAUUAGCUCGUGUAUUAGCUAGAUUAGUUCGACAACAUCCUAAAUUUCGUUUAGUAAAGUACCUUGCUCCGGCUAUCACCAGGUGCCUCAAACAUACCGUUGAUUUUGGCAAGUCUCCGGAUAUGAGAAAACUCUUGCAAGUUUUUGUUGCCGCUCUAUACGAUAGUAACGAGGGUAACGAUGGUGAAAGAGCGAUCAGGGAAUAUAUUGCUUCCGUUCAUGGACCUGGAAGUGAUUGUCCUCAUCCAAGAGUAUUACCAAACUUGGUCUCAGUCUGUGUUGCUGCUAUAUUUCAUAGGUUCGAAGAUGGCAAUUGUGGUGGUUCAAAUGGAGGCGAGGAUAAACCAUCGACAUUACCACCUCUUGAUUGUUACCUUUUAGUUUUAAAUGUUGCAUCAGAAUAUGCUGACUGGAGACCAGGUUUAGCUGGUUUGUUACAACCAGUGCCAUUUCCCGAAGAAGCUCUUACCGUUAAGGAAGUACAGAAAUCGAUUCUUGCUCGUGCUAUUCGACGUUUGGCUAAGGAUUCGAGAUGCGCGGUUCAUCAAGUUCUCCUUCCAGUUAGAGAACCACGUCCAGGUUGGCUUCACAUAGCUGCACCAUCCAGUCCUGCUUGUCCUGAUCGUGGCGAACUAUUUGGCGAAAUGCUGACUACACUUCUGGCAUGCUGUUGUCGAAGAAAAAGAUUUGUCGGCUCGUUGAUGAAACAAGCUAAAGACGAUUGUAUUCUCCUUGCUGUCAGAGGAUGCGGUGCUGCCCAAGAAGCACUAUGCCUUAUGCUCGAGUGGCGUCUACUGCCAAACGAAGAAGCUAGGCUUCAGAUAGUCAAUGCCCUCGAAUCUACUCCUUCUGGUAAAACCCGUUACGCUGCACUCUGUCAGAGACAAAGGAAUUUACAAGAAUUGCAACAAAAAGGUGGUCCAAGAAAAUUGACACUUCCAGUACGGGCAACAGACGCCGACGUUGCCCUUCUACUUGGUGGACGUGCUUUAGGUAAUUUAGAGUGUCUCAGUUUAGCCUUUACAUCUGUUACAUCCGCCUGUGCCGAACAGUUGAUUAAAUUACCAGCGUUGAGGUAUUUAAAUCUCUGGGCUACUCAAUUUGGAGAUGCUGGCUUGCAAAUGAUAAGCGAACAUUUGCAAAAAUUGCAAGUAUUAAAUCUCUGUGAAACACCAGUUUCGGAUAAAGGCAUCUCUACUUUAGCUUCUCUGACAAAUUUAAGAAAGUUAAAUUUGAAUAGUACCAAACUCUCGGCUCAGACUUUCGAAUCAUUGAAGAAAAGAUUACCGGCAUUGCAAGAAUUUGAUGUUCGUUAUACGGAAGCUUGGUGACCAGAACCUAUAUCGAGCCGGAACCAUUAAAAGACAUCAGUUUGUUUAGGAUGAAGAAACAUCGUAAAAAAUGUUAAAUACGUUAGUUCGACGAAUAGAGAAAAAGGUUCAUUUUCACUUAGAUAUUAAUCCAUAAAAUUCGCAUUUUUCUCUUUAUCUAUCUUUCUCUAUCUCUCGACGUUCUCGAAAUCAUCUUAUUUCAAACUUUUGCAUUCAUUCGUCAUAUAUAUUUCCCCUUUUGUAAAAACUCUAACACAUAAUGUUAUAUACUCUCUUGAUCGAUAAGAUCGAUCUUGGAGAAGAUCCUUCUUUUAUUUGUCAAAGAUAAAAAUACAUACGCACGAAUAUGAAGUUAUUGUUGUUAAAAGAAGCCAUUUAAAAAGGGGGUCAACUUCUCUCUGUGUCUUUUAAAUCUUACAUAUCACAGCUGCCGUUUCCACGUUAUUAAAUGCCAAGAAGAGAGAGAGAGAGAGAGAGGGAGAGAGAGAGAGUAACAACAAACGUGUGAUGAUAAACUUUCCAAUUCUUCUUCCGCGAGUAAUAUAAUAAUAAUGAUAAUAAUAAUAACAAACGAUAAUAAAAUAAAUUACGUCUUUAAAUUGGAUAAUUUCCUACAAGGAUAACUAUCUUAUAUAUAUAUAUAUAUAAACACGUAUAUUUUUUUUUCGUUUUUUUUUCCCCUCUAAUUCAAAGACACUUCUCCAGCGAGAGAAAAGAAUUUAACAGGCGAAUCUAGAGGAGCGUCGAUCGCUAUGUUCAAAAACGUGAAUAAAUAAUUAAAUAAAUAAAUGUAUACUUUGAGUGAUAUUGUGAAUAAUCAUGGAAAUUGUCUAAGAUGAUAAUGAGAAAUAAUUGUUGAUGAGAAAGAUCUAAAAAGAAAAGAAAAAAAAAAAAAAAACAAGAAAAACAAGACUCUUCUUUCCCAUGAAGGGUGGCCCAACUGCCUUAAUCAGCCAGUUCUUAGCAACCACUGCCACGAUGCUACUCUAAUCGAGUGAAGUCAAGUCAAGUGAAGUCAUGUCAAGUCAAGUAAAGUUAAAUCAAGUCAAGUCAAGUCAAGUCAAAGUCGAAUCGAGUUGAGCCGUAAAUAAUCUUCGCAACAAGAGAAUAAGAUUGCAUAAUUUUUCUCCGUCUCUGUUGUAUAUACCACAGAGUUAUGUGAAAACUUUACGAACAGAUACAUACAUACAUAAAUCAUACAUAUAAUGUAUAUAUAUAUAUAUAUAUAUAUAUAUAUAUAUAUAUAUAUAUAUAUAUACAUAUAUGUGUAAUAUGAUAUAAUAUAAGCUACUACGUUCGAUGCUUCUCCGAGGAAAAAAAUAUACUUGAUUAAAAUUACACGUUAGCUCGGAGACCAGAUGUAAUCUUUGUUUCUUAGUGUAAAUAGUUAAGUAAUAAGGCAUAAGGACUAAUUAUCUUUGUCCUUAAUGAUUAAACGUAGAUUUUUAAUAAUUUAUUGUUUUAGCUAGGAGAAUUUUUCUGCAAAUUUAUUAUUGUUAUUAUUAUUAAUUGUAUCCAAUUACCUAAUCUAUUUAAUAAUUACUUGAUUAUCUACCUAAACUACCGAUCGAUUUGAUAUCGAUCGGUAAUGUAAUAUGCUAUAAUAAUAAUAAUAAGCACCUAUUCGAACUUGUAUCGACACGAAAAUACAUUGGAAUUAAUAAUAGUCGAAGAGAAAAAAAGUUGGUAACUUUUAUCCAAAUGAUUUAGACAAAUUUUUAAUUAGAAUCUGAAUUAAAACGAGUUAUUCAAUGGCAAAAUGAUCAGUCCAUCUUAUUGGAUUUGCAAUAUUUAUUAUCGUCAAAGGUAUAAUGAACGAACGAAAGAAUCUUUUAUUCUUUCUCUUAGAAAAUAAAAUAAUACGCGAGAACGAUCGAUCGAUCAAACGAAUCUCUUAUUUUAAUCAUUCUAAUACUAUAUAUAAAUAUAUACUAUAGUUGAUCUUUCUAAUUAAUGAACGACAAUGGUUACCUCUGUAAUUUCGUUUCGAAAAGCAUUGUGAGAAAGCUGCAUUGGGAGCAAGCAUUGUAAGAAGACUGUUUAUGUCAAUUUCAAUCUCAAUAAGAAAUUAUCGAAUUAGGAUGUGCCGUGAUGAUGAUUAUUAUUAUUAAUUCAUCGAUUUAAUGGCAAAUAAUAAAAUUUCAAUUUAAUACACCUCGAUCAUGAAAAA